UAUCCAUCAACAAGCAAAACCAGUUCAAUCCAAUCCUAUCCAAUCCAAAUUCAAAGUUUCUUCAUUUCCAUUUCCAUUUCCAUUUCCUUCCUCCCUCCCCCAUUCCAAUCAAUAUUCAAUAUCUGCCCUACCGACCUCAUUUAACACUUUCGUAAUUCUUGCCUUUACUUUACCCAUAUCAAGUCAAUACCUAGUACCUACCUACCUACCUACAUCGACCACAAACAUCAACAUCAACAUUUUCCCUUUUCUCUUUCUCCAUUUUCAAGAAUCAAGAAGAGAGAAUUCAAUUCACAUUCACAAUUGCUGAUCUCAUAACCUUAAUAUUAACAAAGUUACUUUUGGAAGUAAACAUUCGUCUCUCUUCAAUACACAUUCAUCCAUUCUUUUGGUCAGCUCAAGUCAGGUCGGGUCACAUUACAAGGAAAACCUGUCAUAUUUGAUUUUUGUUACACUUCUCCAUUAUCCAUUUUCAAUCCUUUUCGCAUGUGGAUCAGCUGGGAAUAGUGACCCUAGCAAGGUACUUACUCCGUACAAUACUUCCUUUUGAUUUAUUUGCUGUGGAGUCGGGGGCCUGCAUUUUCAUCCUUGAAUACGCUCUUUCACGGUAUCGUUGCACAACGUCGCUCUCUGAACAUUCAAUUUCGCGGACAACAUAAAAUCCCUUUUCUAUCCAUCAUCAAAUUCAUCGAUGCUUUUCGUCGUCGCAGUCGCAAGGGCCAGGACAACAGGAAAACAUUAAUAAGCUUAUUCGCUUUCCGAUAUUGCUAUUCGUGUUUCUGUCGCGUCGGAAUACUUGUCUAUCUAUCCAGCAGUGAUCCCAUCCAUUUGGUCCUUUCUACUUAAGCUCAACUCAGUGUCGCGCAAUUUGUCCCCGCCCAAUCGAUGACUUGUUAGUAAAAUCAGAUUCUUUUUUUCGGAGGGUGCAUCAUGUUGGGAAAUUGGUCUCAAGGCGGCCCUCAAGGGCCUCCUCAAAACUACAACAAUAACUACAAUGCUCCUACACCUACGGCGCCUCGUGGGCGUCCCCCAAUCUGCUUCACGUGUGGCCAAGAAGGUCAUUAUGUCAAAGAUUGUCCAAGACAAAAUCAAAAUGGUCAAGUGUAAGUGAUAAACUGUUCUUAUGUCUUCAUAAAUUUCUUCUUGUAUCCUCGUUCCAAGUGUAAGGCUAAUGGUAAUAAGUGCUAUGGCUACUCCUCAGGCAGCAAAUGUCGAUGAGUAUGGGGUAACAUCACAAACGAAGCAGUGGGCAAAUGUUCAAAAUGGCCAGAUGGGUUCCAAAUAUGCUCCCUAUCCUGGUCCUGAAAGUGCCCCAAUGUCACAAUUUACGGACCCUGGCCAAAAUGCCCAAUUCAAUGGGUCAUCUAUAUCUGCUCCCUAUGCAACAAAUCUACCUUAUCAGCAACAUUCAACUACACACCCAUCACAGCAAGAGUUCCAGCAACAAGGCUUCCAACAACAAAAUCACCAACCACAAGGCCCUCCCCAUCACGCCUAUUCUAAUUACCACCAGAACAAGCCGUACAAACAACCUGUCACCAACGGAGCUAACUAUAACCAACAAGCUCAACAGCAAAACGUAUCUCAAGGCUAUCAAGCUCCGUACAAUCAAUAUCCCCAGUCGAAUUCACCACAGCAAUAUGGCACACCAACCCAACCUCAGAAUGGAGAGCAAUUUUCUUCCUCCGUCCCAACCACACCCUUCCAACAUCAAAAUAAUGGUUACACUCAAGGUUACAAUAACCAAGGCCGAUCAGCAUCUUACCAAAGUCAAGGCACGCCAAGCCAGGGGCAAUGGAAUGGUUCACCGCCAUCAACGACUUCUUUAAAUGGAUCACAACAACAGCAAGUCCAGGUUCAAUCAAGUUCUGGCUUUCAUCAAGAGUUUAGGAGGUCUCAAUCACAGCAGUCCCAGCAAAGUGGAAGUCGCAUGGGAUCUCAACAAGUCCAGCAUGGUGAAAGUCGGUCGGGCUCUCAGCAGCCUCCCAUCUCAUCCCCAGAACUGAAUAAACGUGGGCUGUACAUCCCUCGAUCUAAAAAUACUCCACACACUGCCCCCAAUAAAGUUUCUUCACAGCCUGUUGAGACACCACGAGCUUCUUCAAGAGCUUCAAGCGUGGCUAGUACCCCGUAUGGUUCGCCUACUUCAAGAAAUAAUAUAUCUGAAUGGGAUGGACAUCCAGCCGAUAUGAGGGAAGACGGUGAUCGGUCUGACGAAGAGAAACAGUUCAAUUGGGAUUACAAAAAGAUCUUCAAAGCUGCAGGCGAAAAACAUGAAACAGUUGCACUUGCGCAACCUUUAGCUAAUAGAUUUGAUAUGACCCCUGUCCCUCUUAUCGAUAAGAAAUCAACCAUUACGAUCUCGAGGUACGCAAGAAGAGAAAAUCUGAAGGAGUAUACGCAGAGCGCCAGAAAGACACCUCAAUGGCCAUACUUACAAGAAGAUCCAACUUUCCAGGACUUCAAGACUGAAGAUGACCCGGUACCUUUUCAAGAACUUGAUGCUUGUAUGAAAUUGAAGCAUGGCGAUGCAUAUGUAUCUAUUGCAACUCGAAAGGCAACUGCUGCGGUCGUACCACGCACGGGUAAGCGUAAACCCAGCACUUCGGAACAAGAUGAUGUCGAUGAUCAAUUACAAGCCGAUUUUCCAACAUUGCAAAACAACAAACGUCAAAAAGUUGACGAUCAAAUGUCAAAAUCUGCAGAUGGCCUGCCUAGAUUUAGUGAUGAUAAUACAGAAAACGAAGCUCCAUCUGUUGCUGAAGCACUUGACGAUAUCUGGGCUCCUCAAGCGGGAGAGAGUGCCGAUCCAACUGAGGCGUUGCUGGCAUCUUUAGGUGUUUCUGGUGCACCGAAGCCGGUUGAGCCGGGCCCACCGAUCAUGAUUCCUAUCGAGGAGUUGCAGCAGCCGACCUACAGUCCCCAACAACCUCCUUAUGAACCCCAGCAAACUUCCUAUAGUAAUCAAGCUCCAUAUAAUCAGCAACCUCCAUUCAAUGUUCAUCAGCAAACGCCAUACAAUCUACAAUCACCUUUCAAUGCUCAGCAACCUAUCUACGCUCAGCAAACUGCUUUCAAUCCUCAGCAGCCUCCUUAUAAUAUUCAACAGCCUCCAUAUAACCAACAACCUCUCUUCAAUACACAGCACCCUCCUUUCAAUGCUCGGCAGCCCCCCUACAACCAACAGUCACCAUUUAAUGCCCAACAACCUCCCUUCAAUCCUUUGCGGCCUCACCACAAUGCUCAACAACCUUAUAAUUCCCACCGGCAUCCUUUUAAUCCUAGCAUGGCAAAUCAAGCCUUUAGACAGGACUCAGGUUAUGCUAACGCUCCUCCUCCAUUCUCCGGACCACAAGCCUUUAAUUACCAGCCCAUUCCUCCUCCCCCACCACCCCCACUGGAGGAGGAGCCUAUGUUCGACCCAUGGCCAGAGCACAAUGUCACAACAACACCACCUCCCACUGAUCAGGCGGACAAUGAUAAGGAAAAUGGAACGAAGGGAGAUGAGGAAAAUGUUGCGCCGGAAUCACCUUUGAGCCCCACCUCGUUGGAAAUACUCGGAAAAAUAAAUAAAGAGCCUGUAAAGCCACGCAAAAUAGUACGAGUAAUCAGUGGCAAGAAAGGCAAAGAAUCUCAGCGUUUGUCUGAGGAAGCUGCGCCGAAACUUAAAAGGGCUGCGCCAGUGGUCGAUGCAGCUUAUAGGUAAGACUUAAACCUUGACGUUGUCUACAUAUGCUAAUAUAAAAUUUCGCAGUCGUCGUUGGUAGCUGACUUUUUCAUUUCCUUCAUGGGCAGUCAUUCGGUCUUGGUCACGUGAACAGCAUAUAGUUUGCAAAAGAGUCUUUUGGAUCAAGCAAGCCUUCAAGUAGUCGGUUAUCUAUCAAAGCUCUUUUUCUCAUUCUCUGUACAAAGAAAAGUCACAUGCAUAGUGAGGCGUUAUUCAGAGCUUUUUUUCUCGGGAGUUCAGGCUUGAUUUUCAGUUGAUGGGUUUCCUGUACAAUGUAUUAGUCAUAUCGCAUACAUCGAUGCAUUUAUCGCAUUGCAGGAACCGAAAGAAUAAUUGAACCUAGAAGAUUCAUUCUAGACGGAGACUCUUCAGUGAGAUCCGUUCGUUCUGCCUAGGCUACUUGUUUUUCAAAGCAGACACCAGGUUCAAAGAUGUGGAGAAUAGGAGAAAUCAGUAGUAUCUAAUGCCAAGCUACUUGCUGUGGCUAAUAGUAAUGCCAGAGGGC